UUAAUAAUAACAGAGGCAUGGCGCUCACUUCCAGUUCAGGAAUUCCAAACAAAUCAUGGCAGCCAUCAAAUAUCACUUUAGAGACGAGUAUGGGAACAAUUGUCCUGGAACUGUACUGGAAACAUGCUCCAAACACUUGUAGAAACUUUGCAGAACUUGCCCGAAGAGGCUACUAUAAUGGAACCAAAUUCCACAGAAUAAUUGAGGACUUUAUGAUACAAGGUGGAGACCCGACUGGGACAGGGAGAGGUGGAGCAUCUAUCUAUGGAAAGGAAUUUGAUGAUGAGAUUGCAGACGAUCUUAAACAUACUGGGGCUGGGAUCUUGUCUAUGGCUAACAGUGGGCCCAACACAAAUGGCAGUCAGUUUUUCAUAACACUAGCUCCCACACAGUGGCUUGAUGGCAAACAUACCAUAUUUGGUCGGGUAUCAUCAGGUAUGCAAGUUGUACAAAGAAUUGGAUUUUGUGAAACGGACCAAAACGAUAAACCUGUUGAUGAUAUAAAAAUCAGCAAAGCAGUACUGACGUCAUCCUGACCACAGCUCAGUCAGAUUACAAUCAUUUCAUCAUCAUUAAAGACAUGGCAUAUGUA